AUGAUCAGCUGUUUUCUUCCUGUUUGGAAGGUCAAAGAAAGAUUCCUUAAGCUAGAAGAACUUGAAAAGAAGAAGGGAUCUUGUAUAACAAAGUUGAUAUUGAAUGUGUUGGAAGAGAAUGAGCUCGACAUAAAAAAUUGUCGUGGUCAAGGCUACGACAACGGCGUUAAUAUGGCAGUACACGCUAUUAAAUCAUCGGCUCCUGCAAAAUCUUAUUUUGGAAAUGUUCAAAAGCUAUACAAUCUGUUCAGCAGCAGCCCAGUUCGUUGGAAAAUUCUUCAGGAGGAGACAGGCCAAUCAUUACAUAAACUUUCUGUUACACGAUGGAGUUCAAGGAUUGAAUCAGUUAAGCCACUAGAAAAAAAGCCAAGAGAGAUCUUGAAAUCGUUACAUCGUCUAAGAGACUGUUUUCUUCCUGUUUGGAAGGUCAAAGAAAGAUUCCUUAAGCUAGAAGAACUUGAAAAGAAGAAGGGAUCUUGUAUAACAAAGUUGAUAUUGAAUGUGUUGGAAGAGAAUGAGCUCGACAUAAAAAAUUGUCGUGGUCAAGGCUACGACAACGGCGUUAAUAUGGCAGUACACGCUAUUAAAUCAUCGGCUCCUGCAAAAUCUUAUUUUGGAAAUGUUCAAAAGCUAUACAAUCUGUUCAGCAGCAGCCCAGUUCGUUGGAAAAUUCUUCAGGAGGAGACAGGCCAAUCAUUACAUAAACUUUCUGUUACACGAUGGAGUUCAAGGAUUGAAUCAGUUAAGCCACUAGAAAAAAAGCCAAGAGAGAUCUUGAAAUCGUUACAUCGUCUAAGAGAGUUAGACCUUCCAGGCGAAAUUAACAAAGUGAGUCUUUUGCUUCAAUCCACUCAACUCAUUCUCGAUGAUGAAGUAAAGAUUCUAAAUGGCCUUUUGAUGGAUCUGGAUCGAAUCCGUCUGUCUUGGGACCUAAUUUUGAUGGAGGCAACAGAAGUUGCAAAGAACUUGAAAUUUGAUAAAAUAAUGUUUACUGUGAAGAGAACGCGAAAAAAGAUCAUCCCAGAUGAAACUGCUGGUUACAACCACGAAGAAGCAUCAAAAAACUUUGAGUGUAAUGUCUUCAAUGUUGCACUCGACAAUCUGACUAGUCAAAUGAGAUCAAGGUUUAAAGUAAUAGAAGAGGAAUGUAGCAAGUUUUCCUUUCUUUGGUCUUUACAGAAAUCUCAAACAGACCAAGAACUAGGUUUAAAAGCUGAGAAUCUGGCUAAACUUUACCCAGAAGACUUAUGUAAAAACGAAUUUUCUGAUGAAGUUCGCCAUUUUUUUUCCGUAAGAAGAAAUAUUCUAGCCAGCGAAAAGCCUGUCGAACUUCUAAAUGAAGUUUAUGCAAAGGGGCUGCGUUCAAUAUUUCCGCAAGUGUGUGUUUCUCUUAGAAUCUUUCUAACAUUGCCCGUUUCAACAUCUGAAGGAAAAAGAAAUUUCAGCAAGUUAGCUAUCAUCAAAGAUUAUCUUCGUUCCACAAUGGGCCAGGAGCGAUUGUGCUACUUGAUGAUCCUUUCAAUCGAAUCAGAUUUAGCCAUUAACGUUAAUUAUGAAGAAGUUAUUUCAAAUUUUGCUGCUAAGAAGGCCCGGAAGAUGUGUUUGUCAAUUAAGAAUUGA